CUCGCGGUUGGCGAGGACGCGGGCGCGCGGCCGCAUUCGGGGGAAUACAGCUUGGUGGGCGGUUUCCCGCGCCGAGCCGAGAGCUGGCCACUGCGCUGCCGAGGCGCCUCGCUCGCAGCUGCGCCAGGUCGUAGCCGAGCUCCGGAUUCCGGAGUCGCCGCCACCCGCGGGGCCAGACUCCCUGGUCUCUUGCCUGUUGCCCUCAUGAGAAAAACCAACAUGUGGUUCUUGGACCGACUUCGGGGCUCUGGGGAGAACGGAGCCAGCCGCGGGGUGGGUGGCGAGGCUGGGGACAAGGCCUCCAAGGGCCCUUUGUAUAGCAAUGUGCUGACUCCGGACAAGAUCCCCGACUUCUUCAUCCCGCCCAAGCUGCCCUCUGGCCCCACAGAGGCCGAGGGACAGGCGGACCUGGGUCCUUCCACCUCAGAGCAAAACCUGGCUUCCCCUGGGCCCCGUCGAGCACCUCGCAGUCCCCGGCUGCCGGCGAAGUUGGCCUCAGAGAGCAGGAGCCUGCUGAAGGCGGCCACGCGACACGUGAUUCAGAUAGAGAGUGCGGAGGACUGGACAGCCGAGGAAGCCACCAACGCUGACCCCCAGGCGCAGGGCGCCAUGUCACUGCCCUCUGUGCCCAAGGCUCAGACAUCCUACGGCUUUGCCACACUGGCCGAGAGCCCCCACACCAGACGCAAGGAGUCCCUUUUCCACAGUGAGCACGGGGCCCUGGCUCAGGUCGGAUCCCCUGGUGCUGGCCGCCGGAGAGCAGGGGCGAAGGCCAACGGAGGUGAUGGGGGAUCCCGGGAGGUUGGGGGGGCCCUGAUGAGCCCUAGUCGCUACUUCAGUGGCGGGGAAAGUGACACGGGGUCCUCUGCUGAGUCGUCCCCCUUCGGGUCCCCUUUGCUGUCUCGCUCUGUGUCGCUGCUCAAGGGCUUCGCCCAGGACAGCCAGGCCAAAGUGAGCCAGCUGAAACAGUCGGUAGGUCGCCAUGGCUCCCUGUCUGCGGAUGACAGCACACCAGACACCAGCCCAGGUGUCCGGCGCCGCUUGACACGCAGGGCUACUCCGGAGCCGGGUCCGGAGUCCGGCCAGGCACCACGUGGAGAGCACACCGUGAGGAUGGGCACCAGGGGCAGCGUGAGGCUGCUGGCCGAGUACGAAGCUGCUCAGGCCCGCCUGCGCGUGCGCCUGCUGGCGGCCGAGGGCCUGUAUGAGCGGCCCUGUGAUGCCCGGAGCAUCAACUGCUGCGUGGGGCUGUGCCUGGUGCCGGGGAAGCUGCAGAAGCAGCGGAGCACCAUCAUCAAAAACAGCCGCCACCCCAUCUUCAACGAGGACUUCUUCUUUGACGGCCUGGGGCCGGCCAGUGUGCGGAAGCUGGCCCUCAGAAUCAAGGUGGUUAACAAGGGCAGCAGCCUCAAGCGGGACACUCUCCUGGGGGAGGAGGAACUGCCGCUGACCUCCCUGUUGCCCUUUCUGUGAGGUCGCCGGUCCCUCCCUUCGGUACUCAGCUCGGCUGAGCGGGGCGGGGCGGGGGUGGGCGGGGCCUGUGGCCUGGGUCUCUUAGAGGAAGGCUUGCUCUUUUCUUAGAAGAUGGGCUGCGGGGGCGAACACUGCUCUGCUGACCGGAACCCCUUCCCCCUCUACCUUGGCCCAUCCGCACAGAGUUGUGGGGUUCGUAGCAGUCCCAGGAUCCUGGUAUGUAAGGCAGCUGGGACCCAGAGCAGAGUUCCCUGAGUGUGAAAUUUGUUCCCCCAACACCUUAGCUGCACGCGGGUGUUUUCCCCCCUGCACAGUCUGGUUGCUCAGACGCCCUGAGAACUUUGUGACAUGCCCCAGUCUGUGGGAGGUCAUCCUCCUUGGCCAGGCUGGCUCCAGGUAGGCCUAGCCUCCCAAGUUCUGGCGCUGAUGUUCCAUCCAGAGCGACAGGAGGGCUUGGCCUUCAGCGGGAGCUGGGGAAGACCGAACCCCAGAGUGCAGAGAGCUGAAGGAGGCGGAGCCUCUUGGUUGAUGGCUCUGUGGCACAGGCUACCCUCCACUCUGGCCGCCGAUCCCCGCCAGAGCCACCUGUACCCCAGGGCUUCUGCCUCAAGCCUGUGGCUCUCCUCACCCUGUAAAUAAGCUGUAGCUGUGGUCGGUGGUGUGUGUGUGUGUGUGUGUGUGUGUGUGUGUGUGUCCGCGCACGUGUACGAGCUUGUGUUGGGGGGCAGGGUUCCAGGCUGUGCAUGUGUGUGUGUCUUUCCUGCACAGGAAAUCCUCACGGGGUGGGAUUCAUGGGCUCCCUGAAUGUGCUGUGUCUAGCACAAACUCUUAAGACUCAGAACAGAGUGGACCGCCUGUUGGAUAAUGGUGGAUGGGGGAGGGUCCAGCAUCCCCUUGCCUUUUGCUGUUUCCUCAAACUGCAGAAGCCCUUGUCCCUCUAGAAAAGGGUUUUGGGGUUGAUUGCUUGGACCCCUGAGGCGAGCUACGCACCUUGGAGUUGAACACCGCCCCUCUCCCCGUGCCUGGUCCCCAUUGUCUCUGGGACUAGGGCACAUCCAGGACCUGGGCUGGUCAGUUGGAGCGGUGGACAGAGGGUCCCAGGGGUCUCCUGUUUUCUGUCUCCCACCCUCUAUGCUCUGUGGGGCCCUGGUUUUUUUUUUUUUUAUACCCUGCACUGUUUGAUAUCUGUUUGCAGUUGACUGUAUGUGAAUCUCUUAAGAUGCCUCCCCCAAAUGUGUUUGUUUAUAAUGCUGUUUUUAGUGCAGUAAAGGUGUUUGGGGAGAGCGGG